UCGGUCCCAGGUCCCGCCCCCCCCCGCCGCUGGCGUCACACGCACAGCCACUUCCGCCAUACGCAGGGACUCAUCUUCCGGCUCAGGUCCUCAGAGCAGAAGUCCACAGUUCAGGCGUCCGGAAGUGCCUGGGCCACAGGCUUCCGAUGCUUGCUCUGCCAAGGCGCCACCUAGUGUCACCCUCGCUCAGCACGACAUCAUUCAGCCGUUUCUACAGAGGUGACAGCCCAACAGAUUCCCAAAAAGACAUGAUCGAAAUCCCUUUACCUCCGUGGCAGGAGCGAACUGAUGAAUCCAUAGAAACCAAAAGAGCCCGGCUGCUCUAUGAGAGCAGAAAGAGGGGAAUGUUGGAAAACUGUAUUCUGCUUAGCCUCUUUGCUAAAGAAUAUCUGCACCACAUGACAGAGAAACAGCUGAACCUGUAUGAUCGUCUGAUUAAUGAGCCCAGUAACGACUGGGAUAUUUACUACUGGGCCACAGAAGCAAAACCAGCCCCAGAAAUCUUUGAAAACGAAGUCAUGACGAUGCUCAGAGACUUCGCUAAAAACAAAAACAAAGAGCAGAGACUGCGUGCCCCGGAUCUCGAAUACCUCUUUGAAAAGCCUCGUUGAGCUGUGCACCGCUGCCUGCCACGGGGGUUCAAUCCACAGGCCCUAACAUGAUAGGCAAUGGCCUUGACUUCCUGCCUCUCCUUAGACAGCCCACCCAGACCAUUCGGCUUGCCUCCAAUGAUGGACCCAUCUCUCGGGCCGUGUAAAUGUUCAGUUUGACUCA